UGCCUCCCGUUCAGAGCUCUGAUUAUGUCAAUAUAUGAAAAGGGGGUGUGCCCCACAAGGAAUUCCGGCCUCGAUUUCGAUUAGCGCAGCAGACGCAUUGGCUAUUUGCUUGUUCUCGCUACAGCAAGAUGGCAGAAGCAACAGACUCUACAUUGGUGCUGGUAACAGGAGCGGGGGGAUUCAUCGCCACCCACAUCGUCAAACAACUCCAGGAGGAGGGAUACCGCGUCAGGGGUACCCUCAGGAGUCUGGAAGACGAGGCGAGGAUCAAAAAACUUAAGGAGCUUUGUCCAGACGCCAAGCACGAGCUCGAGCUGGUAGAGGCGGAUCUAACUAAACCGGAAUCCUGGGAGCCGGCUGUAAAAGACGUUAAAUAUGUUAUACACGUCGCCAGUCCCUUCCCUGCCCAGUCCCCCAAGGAAGAAAGUGAGCUCAUUCAGCCAGCCGUGGAGGGCACACAGGCUGUACUCAAGGCAUGCGUGGCCGCCAAAUCAGUCAAGCGUGUCGUCCUCACCAGUUCAUGUGCUGCUGUUGGAUGGGGCCCUGGCGCCGACACAACCAAAACCUUUACAGAGGAGGACUGGAUGGAACCAGAAAAGCUGAACGCCUACGGCAAAAGUAAGACGUUAGCCGAGAAAGCCGCCUGGGAUUACGUCAAAGAACUUCCGGAUGAGGACAAGAUAGAGUUGGCUGUCAUUAACCCAGGUUAUGUGAUGGGCCCCGUCAUAAAUGGGUCAAUGUCUACUAGUUCCGAGGUAGUGAAGCGUAUUUUAGAACGAGAAAAGCCGUUCGUUGCCAAGCUCAACUUUCCCGUAGUUGACGUUCGUGACGUUGCGGCUGCGCAUAUCAAGGCGAUGACGUUAGACGAUGCUGCUGGCAAAAGACACCUUGUAGUAAACUCAAAUGUUUGGAUGAAAGAAAUGGCACUAAUUCUGUCAAAGGAAUUCAAACAUCAAGGAUACAAUGUUCCCACAACAAACUGUCCUAAUGCCAUCCUUCAUAUGUGCAGCUGGUUCGACAAGACCAUUAAAAUGAUCAUGCCGGAUGUCGGAAAAGUCUUCAAAUUUGAUACCACGAGGAUGAAGGAUGUCCUUCAAAUUACCCCUACUGAGCUUAAGGACACAUUGAUUGACAUGGCCUACAGUUUAAUUGAUGCUGGUCUGGUCAAGAAAACGAAGAAAUUCAAAGGCCCCGGCAGCGGAGAACCCGAGGGGGGAGAGGAGGGGGAGAAGAAGGAGGAGGGUCAGGAAAAUGAGGGCGAGGAGAAGCCUAAAGAAAACGGCGAUGUGAAAGAUGAAGACAAAAAUGAAGAUGAUCUGAAAAAGGAAGGAAAAGAGGAGGAAAAGUCGGAAAAAAUAGAAGACGUUAAAGAAGAGAAAAAGGAAGGCGAAGAGGAAAAGAAAGAGGAAACAAAGACAGAGGAAAAGAAGGAGGAACAAUCAGAACCUAAAACCGAGGAAACCGCAAAAUAGACGUGAAUCAGGAUAGAUUUCUAUUUACAAUUGACUUCUAACAUGUAUCAUAUUGCCAUGACAUAUUUUUGAUAAAAUCCCACAUGAUUUUGAGAAAUGUUGUGAGGAAUGGAUUAAGACCUGGCGGGGAUUAGUUAAAAGAAAGAAGAUGGAGUAGGAAAAAAAAAUUGACACAAAGUGUGGGAGAUUAUUAUGAAAAAGGCCUAGUCAUGGGUUUAAAAAAUAUGAAUGAUGUUUUUAUUUUUUUCUUUCACGUGACACCGACUCAAAAUAAAUCUUGAAGGACCAAUUUAUGAUGAAAAAAGAGAAAAUAUAUGUUUAUAAAACAAGUACAAAAAGUUUGGAGGGAAUUUCAAAUAUCAAAACCAAGUGCUAUGAAAAUGAGGGGCUUUUCCCUGUCAUAAUUCAUUACUUAGCCAUAAAUGUCAUAAAAAAAUAUUCACUUCAUUUUUUCAAUGAAAUCCUGUUUUUGUCACACCAAACUAUAUACAUUUAUGACAGAAGUGCAAUAUUAAUCUGUGUAAAAAAAAAAACGUCUAGGGUAGUGAUACCUUCAAAUCUGGAUUAAAAAGAUCAACAAUUUAACUUGACACUGGUAAUCCAGGUUUGACUGUAUAUUAUACCGGCUUAUAGUGUCACGAAAAGAAAUAAUCAAGCUUAUAUCAGAAUACUCAUUUACUUCAUAAUUUUCAGCUUUUGAUAUUGUUUCCAGUUUUUCAAAUUGAAGGAAAUACACGCAGUUCAUAGAAACGUUCACCUUUAACGUUGGCUUGGAACUUCGUUUUUGUACAAAAGUCAUUAGUUAACCAGUUUAUGCCUUCAUUUACGCCUACUUUUUCGCUCAGAGUCCAUUGUAAAUGGAUGAUGUGUUGUUUCGUAUUGUGAUGAGCUAAACCAUACAUUGGCUGCCUUGAAGUUAUUUUUUAUCAAGAUAUUUGCGCUCUUCUUUUUUUUAUACUGAUGCGUCUUCAAAUUUUGUUUAUAUUCAUGUUUGUAAAUUUAAUGCAUCAUUUUUACUACCAUGCAGGUACCCUUUUUAAUAAAACUUUUGUUAGAUAUCGUAAAUUUAGUGUUAAGGAAGGCGUUUAUGAUGCAUCUUUAAGAUGUGAAAAGCAAAAGAUUUCGUUGUGAUACUUAGUAUAGUUUAGGUUAAAAAAUAAACAAUAUAGGUAAAUGAGAACUCGCGUGAAAAUUUUUGUGAAACAUUUCAAAAUUGAAGGCAAUUGAACGUCUCUUUUGAGAUUCGUAUAUUCCACUUGAAAUCGUGUUAGUGAAAUUGUGCCAGCAAUGCAAAAGGUUGUACUUACUUUUCUGUUCAGUUCUGUAUAAUUUAUAUGUACCUUAAAAUAGAAUCAUCUAUGUACUCCCAAGAAACGUUUAGUCAAAAAUAAAGGACUUUAGUUUGUUUUUAAAUCUUUUCUUUUUUUAAUUUGAAUUUUUUUGUUUUGUUUGACUAAUUAAUUAGUAUGUAGAACUGUGUGUUGGUUCGUAUUGUAGAUAAAUUAUGGAAAAUAUUUGCAUAUUUUAAAUGCCAAAGUGUUGUAAUAAAAACAGUAUGUUAAGCGCUUACAUAUACAUGUAUAUGAAAAAAAAGUAAUGCGAACAUUUGUAUAAAUUUUAGCUGGACUUGUCGUUCACUGUGUAUAGGUCUAUACAUAUUUUAUAUGCCACGUAGUUGCACUGCGUUUAUAGUGUCAUGGUAACGUUAUAGCUCAUUAAUACCCCUAACUAGUCCUAGAUAUGUUUGCCAUAUAAAUUCAUUUAUUUAUUAAUUGUUUUAUAAUUUGUCAUGCAUGCAUUAUGAGAUUAGUUAAUAAAUGUCUGGGGGAAAUCUUUUACCUUCAGGCAUUUUGUGUAUACUAGUAUCUCAUUUAUUUUUUACAAUGCAUAUUCAGUAUUACAUUUUGUAUUUGUAAUAUGUAAUCACAUUUUAACAUUCCGCAAUUUUUUAAAAUUAAAAUUUACGGAAUGCUGUAUGUGAACUUACUAAAGCAUGGAGUCUUCGUUCAACCAGUUUAAUUUUUAGCUAUUUUUAUAACAUUCUGGGAGUGAACUUAUACUUUCACUAUUUAUACAUUCAAUAGUGAUGUGUAAAGUUCACCAUUUUAAAAUUGAUUUGCCUGUGCUAAUAAUUUGCAUUGAUUGCUGUAACAUCUGAAAGUAUUUGGAGUGAAACCUAAAACUGUCUGUUUUUACCCAAUGGCAUAAGAAACAAGCUUUAAUUCUUCAGUCAAUCUUAUUUAUUUUGCAUCUUGGUAAAGUCUACUGGAGAUCAAAAAUGACUUGUAAUAAAAAAUAAUAAUAAUAUAAUUGACUAAAUUAAGAAUUAUUUACCUCAUUCUAAAGUUACCACUCUCUUUCUGGAAAUUUUAAAGUUGUUCGAUACCAUUCUAAAAUUCUAGUAUUUGAAAAAAAAACUAAAUCUCCAUAGUUACUAUUUUAGGUUGUCAUGGUAACGGUUGUGAUCUCCAGUAGCGCCUACGUCAUCAAUGUAUUGUAAGCUCAAUUCUAUAAAUGUGCAUUACUUGUAACAAUAAACAAGUCUAUGUCUGUAUCA